AUAGUAAGAAUUUCACAUCACUAGUGCCGUGUCAAAUUUGUUUUGUUUAUAUGUCACGUUUAUCGCAGUUUCUCUGAAUAUUAGUUAAAAUGUGUGAUAUAAACGAUAAUCCUAUAAAGCUAAGUGUAAAAUGGAAUGGCAAGGAAUACGAGAUACCGGAGUUUUCGCCUUCAGACUCCGUGGCGAUGUUGAAAGUCGCCAUCGAAAAUGCGACGGGGGUACGACCGGAGAGACAAAAGCUGCUAAAUGUUAAAUUUCAGGGUAAAGUAGCAACAGACAACUGCACGCUAUCAGACCUGCAGCUGAAGCCGAACCUCAAGAUAAUGAUGAUGGGCUCCCUGGAGGAAGCGAUAGCCGGGGCUCAGACCAAGCCGGAUGUGGGCGAUGAGGUGGUCAACGAUCUGGAUAUAGAGGAGGAAGAGGUUGAUGUGGAGAAUCAGGAAAUCUACCUAGCUAAGAUAAACAAGCGCGUCCGCGACUACAAGAUCAACGUGCUGAACGAGCCGCGCGCCGGCAAGAAGCUGCUCGUGCUAGACAUUGAUUAUACGCUGUUCGAUCAUCGCUCUGUGGCUGAGACUGGCUACGAGUUAAUGCGCCCCUUCCUCCACGAAUUCCUAACAUCAGCUUACGAAGACUACGACAUCGUGAUCUGGUCAGCCACCGGCAUGAAGUGGAUCGAGGAGAAGAUGCGUCUACUAGGAGUCUCCACCCAUCAGGACUAUAAGAUCAUGUUCUACUUGGACUAUCUCGCUAUGAUCACUGUUCAUACGGCUAAAUAUGGGACUAUAGAUGUAAAACCACUAGGCGUAAUUUGGGGCAAAUAUCCCCAAUACAGUUCGAAAAAUACGAUAAUGUUCGACGAUAUUAGACGAAACUUCAUAAUGAAUCCGAAAAGUGGCCUUAAAAUAAGACCCUUUAGGCAAGCUCACCUCAACAGGGACAGGGAUAGGGAACUACUACACUUAUCCACUUAUCUAAGGGAUAUAGCUCAGUAUUGCGAAGAUUUUGACCUUCUCAACCAUAAAAAGUGGGAGAAAUACAAGCCGGACAAAAAUAGGACUCAAACCGCUGGUAGUAAAAGGAAAGCCGAAGACAGCACCCCUUCGACACCCAAAGAAUGACGGUAAAUAGCAACCAAUCGCCUUAAUUGCUUAUAAGACUGCAGAACUGCUAACUAGACUUAAUAUUCGAUAGUCAAACAUUAAAAAUGUUUUCAAAAAACAAUAAUUUUAAUUAAUAACAUUCGUAUUAAG